CACAAAAGAACAAGAAGAACAAGAAGAAGAGGGAAGAGAUGUCUUCGUGGUGGAGAAGCAGCAGUGGAGGAGGUGGUGGAGGUGGUGGAGGUGGUGAUCGACGUGAUGGAGGAGGCAAAGGCAGUGGCACAGGCACCAGCUACACGGGCGGCAGUGGCAGCGGUGCUGGGGACGCGCGCAAGCAAGCGGAUGACGGCCGACUUGCACCAAGCGUGCUUCCAAUCAAGAGAGCCAUGGAUCCAAGACACUUGACUCAAUUCUUUCAGCACCGAUGUAACGACCUCGACCGCCUGCCACUGGGGCUGCCGGAUGUGUGCUGCGUCAUCUACUCCGUGCCGAGCACGAGCAAGAUCAUGCGCGGUCGUCGUGACCUCAUGGAGCACCACUACGUCGUCGGCAUCAACUGCAGCACGCCCGCACACAUUGCCGCCUACAUUCAGCAGCACAUUUCUGUUCGCCAACAAGAGAACGGGCGCGGUGUGACGCCACUCAAGGCCAUCUUCGCUGUUCACGACAUUGUGUCCGGCAUGGACAUUCGCACAGAGCUCCUCUUCCCCGGCACUGUGCGCAGCUUUGGAGUCGAUGCCAAAGGAGGAUUGCACAUGGUGGAGGAGAAGAUGUGGCCCCAGAUAUGGCUGUCGAGCAUGGUGCGUGCGCUGCACCGGCACGAGCGCCGGGACGAUCGUGUCCCAGCGGAGGUCGUCAUCAACCCGCUCCCAACGCCGCGCGCACUCGACACGCUCAAGGCAUCCAUCGCAAAGGUGUACUUCCCGCUGCUGCGUGCGCUUGAAGGGCGCGGUGUUCGCGGGCAGCGGCCGCACGACAACGCCCUCCUCUCCCCGCUCUGCUCCUUUCUCCAGCGACAGCACCUCGACGUCGAGGCUGCGCUGCUGUGCAAGCGGCUGUCGGCGCACGAUCCGCGGCUUGUCGCUGUUGCUGCCCGCUGUAUCACCACCGCCGUCGACGCACAGCACAAGUCGCUGCCGCGUCGGGACGCCGCCCGCUGGCUGGUGCAGACGGUCACCCAGUACACACACGCGCCGCCGAGCUGUCUCCUCACAGAGCAGUCGCGCGCGUGUCUGCAAGGUGAUCGUGUUGCCGAUGCCAUUACCCUCGCCCGCGCCGCAGUUGUUGCUCCCGGCGCGAGCGGUCGUGAUUGGCUGCACCUCGCCACGGCAUACCUCCACGCUGACUGCCCACGCCUGGCGCUUGCUGCGCUGAACUGCAUCCAGGUGUCUGCCACUGCCGUUCCCGCGCCCCAGACCCGCGACCACUCGUCCCCGCACCCAAAACUCCGCAAGAUUCCGUUCCAGGACGACAAAUUCCUGUCGCAACUUCGUGCCGUCUCCCUCACAGGCAUCGCACUCGACGCGUACAAGUUGUUGAUACGGAUUGUGCAGCGUGUUGGGUGGAGCCAAUUCCUGGUGUUGCGACAGGAGACAUUCUUCACACGUGCACAGACGCACGCGCACCACGUGAUUGAGGAACAGCGACGCACACACGCACACCUGCAGCUCGACACCAGCGGCAACGAUGGUGAAGCUGGCAGUGGUGAUGGUGGAGAUGGUGGUGAUGGUGGCGGACAGCAGCAACAACAGCAGGGACAGCAACAACCGCAGAUACGUUCCGGCGGGGCUGAUGGCCCUGUGGUGAACUAUGUAUCGGUAUUCGAUGCGCAGUUAACGGUGCACGACACACAAUCGGCGUUUCAGGUGAAGGAGACGGUGCCGGCGUUGACACUCGCGCCACCAGCACACGACGCCAAUGGCGAGGACAAUGACAGUGAUGAUGAGGGUGGCAGUGAUCAGAGAGGUAAUGCUGGUGGCAAGGGCGCAGAUGAAGAUGAAGGUGAUCGUGAAGAGAGCGGCGUUGUUCAGGGCGAUGCCCACGACACCCAACAAAAAGCAGAAGCAGCAGAAGGAGAAGGUGGAGAAGAAAAAACGGAGAACCAGCAACAGCAGAAUCAGACAACCCCUACCCCUUGCGACCACCCGUGCGAUGUGCUGUUUGGCGGCAGCGGUGGCUAUGGCGGUGGUGUUGUGGAGAGCGAGCACGAUGUUGCAGUGCACCAGCGGCUGUGCCGGCGGUGGCUGGACAACAUGUGCGCCAUUGUGUAUGAGGACCUGUGCUGCUUCAUUCUGCACAGCGGCGGCACGCAGGGACUCGAGACGGAGGCCGCCCGCGUCGCAGAGACGCGCACGCAUGCGGACUGGCUGCGGCUUGCGCUGCUCGCCCUGCGUCUGGACCAGACCGUCUUUGCCACAAGCUGUCUGUACGCGUGUGUUGAUCUGUGCCCGCCGCGGUCCACGCUCAAACUCCGCGCUCUCGUCCUCCUCAUUGACAUCAAGGCAAAGGCCGGUGAGCUGGAAGAAUUGCUGCCGCUGCUCAUCCAACUCGAAGACCUCCUCCUCCUCGCGGAUUCUGACGCGCGCGUGCCGCUGGUGUAUCGCCGCGUCCACGAGUCCCUCUCCACCGCAGCUGUCACGUGCGGGCAGCAAAAAGUGUAUGAGGCCGUGCAGCGCACAGCCCUUGAAUCGCCAAAGCGACAGCGAGAGGUGCCGGCAACUGCUGACUCAGCAUGGGUGGACGAUUUCUCCCUCCAUCCGCCGCCAACGGCGACAGCAUCGACGGCAGGUGGCGGCGGCACUGCACACAGCCACCACCAUCAUGGCAACGCGUCAACAACUGCUGCUCCUUCUCGCAUGCAGUCGUCGCCGGCGCGAGCGCGAAGCAGCAGCAAGAGCACCACCAGCAGUGGUAGUAGCAGUGGUGGUGGUAGUGGUGGUGGUGGUGGUGGUGGCGGUGGUGGCGGUGGUAAGCGGCGAGCUGGUGAUGCGGCGAUGGUGGUGAAGCCGCUGCUGAUGGAGAUGGCCGAGCUCCUCCUCAUGUGGGACCGGUCCCAGUGGACUUGACGUGGCUUGGCAGGCAGGCUUGCGGGCUGUGUUGUAUGCGCGCGCGCGUGCGUGCGUGUGCGUGUGUGUGUGUGUGUAUGUGUGUGUGGGUGUGUGGGUGUGUGGGUGUGUGUAUCCAUGUGUACGCCUUGCUACCGCUCUCCCCUCCCC